AUGCAUUUGCCCUCCUCCGAGGGCAUCCUUCAAAAAGCUGGAGCUGAAGCCCGUCUCCUGCUGAUUCUUUCUUUCCUUUUUUUUUUUUCCUCUUCUUCCUCACCCUUCGCUGCUCCAUCUUUCCACAGCCCAAGUACGCUACCAAGGCAGCCUAUAUUGCUUUUUCGCUCUCACGCUCCAGCCUGGGUUCCUGGAUUUUCCAACUCUCAGCCCAAAAGUCUCUCUCGUCCUGCCACCUUGUCACAUCCACCUCCAUCUUCACCACCCGCCGUGCCCCCAUUAGCCCUUUCUGACCCCUUCUCAAACCCCUCUCACCUCCUCUCAACCUGCUACCUGCCUCUUUUUCUCGCUCUUCUCGCUUUUUUUCCUUCUUCUUUUCGCCGUCUCUUGCUUGCGUCUUUCGCGCUGGCAGAAAAGAAGGCCCUCCCCCCAAAAAACGAGUCGCGCCCGCCCACCGCCUUCCCUUUUCUCUCUCUCUUUUUUUCGCUUUUCCCUCUUAGUUUUUUCUUCCUCUUCAGCUUCACUUUUGCCUCUUUUGGAUCUUUCAACCUCGACCCUCCGUCUCUCUCCCGCUGCUCGUUCUUCCUCCUCCUCCGUCCGCCUCCCCUCUCCCUCUCCCUCUCACCACCUCUCUCGCCCCCCUCGCUUCUCUUUCUCGUCGUCUUCGUCUCUCCGUCUUCGUUUCUUUCUCCUCGUGUUUAG